CAGUCCACGUGAUCUACAGUGUAUAUUGAGUAGUCUAGUUCAGUCGUGCCUUCCCAUUUUCCAAAACCCCCAUGCUAGUUUCUUCAGUUUUCUCUCAAACUAAAAGCUUCCAUCUUCUUCUUCUUCUUCCUCUGAACCCUCCUAGAUCCUACAGUCUUUACUCUUCAGGAUCUCCACCAUCAUGAUGAUUUCUUACUGAACAAAUCAAUCCACCCAAAAGAAAGAACAUAGUAAUCUCCGGCUUCUUCUUCGAUCUGUCCUCCCAGGCCAAGUAAACUAUGGGUGUAAUUUCAAGGAAGAUAUUCCCAGCUUGCGAGAGUAUGUGUAUAUGCUGCCCUGCACUUAGGUCAAGAUCUCGACAACCCGUCAAACGCUACAAGAAAUUACUGGCUGAAAUUUUCCCCAAAUCAAAUGAUGAGCUUCCAAAUGAGAGGAAGAUCGUCAAGCUUUGUGAAUAUGCAGCCAAAAAUCCUUUUAGAAUUCCAAAGAUUGCAGAAUAUCUUGAAGAAAGGUGUUAUAAGGAACUGCGAAAUGAUCAUGUUAAAUUUAUUACCAUUGUUGGGGAAACUUAUAACAAGUUAAUUUCCAUGUGUAGAGAGCAAAUGGUGUAUUUUGUUGUCAGUUUGCUGAAUGUUGUAACCCAACUCUUGGAUAGCCCUAAACAAAAUGUUGUAAGGAUAAUUGGUUGCCAAACCCUAACCAGGUUCAUUUAUAGUCAGGUGGAUGGAACUUACACCCAUAAUAUCGAGAACAUGGUUCAAAAAGUAUGUAUGCUAGCUCGUGAGACUGGGCAAGAUAGUGAAAAAUGCAGCUUGAGAGCCUCAAGCAUGCAAUGCCUUUCAGCAAUGAUGUGGUUCAUGGUGGAGUUCUCAUAUGUUUUUGAUGAUCUUGACGAGAUUGUGUCUGUCACUUUGGAUAACUAUGAGCCAAAUACGCAAAGUGAAAAUGACGAUGAAAAAGGUGAACCACAUCACAAUUGGGUGGAUGAGGUUGUGAGAUGUGAAGCAAGGAAUGGCGGUGUGGCUGGUAGUGAGUUGAUGAUCACUAGCUCUAUAAUCACCAGACUUCGACCUGAAAAGAAAGAUGCUUCCCUUUUAACCAGGGAGGAGAUUGAGGAUCCUAAAGUAUGGGCACAGAUAUGCAUACAAAGAAUGGUGGAAUUGGCGAAAGAAAGUUCAACAAUGCGUCGGGUACUAGACCCGAUAUUCGUUUGCUUAGAUACUAAACGACAGUGGAUUCCUCGUCAGAGUUUGUCUACGACGGUUUUGUCUGACAUGUGCUAUUUUACAGAUAAUACAGUGAGUAGGCAAUUAGUUCUAGCUCUUCUUGUUCAUCACUUGGACCACAAAAAUGUUUACCACGAUCCACAAAUUAAGUCGAAUAUAAUCCAAAUCGCCACUGGUUUGGUUCAGCAAAUCAGAUCUGAGGGUGUGAUAACCGAUAUUGGAUUUGUCAGCGAUCUCUGUAGGCAUUUGAGAAAGAGUCUUCAAGCAACGUCUGACUCUGUUGGAGAGCAAGAACUAAACAUGAAUAUCACACUGCAGAAUGCUAUUGAAAAUUGCUUGCUGGAGACUGCCAAAGGGAUUGUUGAUGCACGGCCUCUCUUUGACAUGAUGGCGUUAACUAUGGAGAAACUCCCAUCCGUUAGAGAUGUGGCCCGAUCUACCAUAGGAUCUAUGAUCAUUCUUGCUCACACGUUUUCUUUGGUGUCUUCCAACUUACUUUCUCAGCAGGUUUUUCCCGAAGCACUUCUUGUUCAACUUCUGAAAGCGAUGUUACAUCCAGACCCUCAAGUAUGUGCGGGCGCUCAUCAAAUAUUUUCUGCUCUAAUCAUCCCGAACUCCAAUCAUACAAAGAAAUGGCAAUCACACGAAACAUCUGCAUAUGCCUCCGUCACCGUUCUUCUCGAAAGGCUUCGCAAAGAAACAGAUGGAACCAAAAUCGAGAAACAAGGGAUAACAACCCAAGAUGAUUCUAAUAAGGACAUUGAAUCUGCCGAGGAGGAAUGGAAGAACGGUCGAGCUCAUAGAAGUUCGCCUAGUUUUCUCAAACUAAGUUCAAUUGUUGACAAGACUAGCGGAAUGACUAACUCGACUGAGGGGGGACCAUCUGUUAUGAAAUUUAAUGAAGACCAGAUAGCCCAGUUAUUGUCUGCCUUCUGGGUACAAGCUAACUGUCCAGAUAAUCUUCCUUCAAACAUUGAAGCCAUUGCUCACUCUUUCUGCUUAACGCUUAUUUCAGUGCGGCUUAAGAGUCCAAAUAACAAUUUAGUUGUUCGCUUCUUUCAACUUCCUCUGUCACUUAGGAACAUGGCACUGGACCCUAACUAUGAUACUUGGUCUCCGUCAUACAGAAGACUUGUUCUUGUAUUAUCAACUGCAAUGUUGAUGUUUGCAGCAAAAAAUUAUCAGAUUUCUGACUUGCCUUUGGUGGAAUCUGAUGUGAGUUUUGAAAUUCUUGCAUAUUUUUCUUUCUAUUGUGGCACUCAACCUGUGUCUACGGUACAGAUUGAUCCGUAUGUUGGCAUCAGUGGUGAUUACCAACUAUACUUGAAGCCUCGAGCAAAUCUGAAGAAAUUUGGCUCUGAUGCUGAUAAUCAAGUAGCUUUGGCUUCGUUAUCUGAAUUAGGAGAUAAAUUAUGUGAUUCAGACGAGGUUCUUGUGAAUGCAAUAGCUCAGAGCUUGUCAUGCACAUUUGAGCUGGAGGUAAGUGAUCUCGUUGGACAACUUUUGGAGGCCUUCACACCCGACGAUGCUUUCGUGUUUGGUCCACAUUCCUUGGUUGAUUUUAGUUACCUUGAGGAUAUUAUGAAUUCUAGUGAAUCUCUGUCUUCUGACAUGGAUUUUGCAACAAAUUCCGCAAUUGAUGACGCACAGAGUGAAUCCUCUGUUACUGAUCUUUCUCGCUUCAUUCCCAAAUUGCCUGUAUCCCCUUUGACGUCUCAUGUCAUUGGCGUUGGGCAGCUUUUGGAAUCGGCACUUGAAGUUGCAGGUCACGUGGCUGGAUCAUCUGUUUCAACUUCCCCACUUCCAUACAGCAUAAUGGCUAACCAAUGUGAGACUUUCGGCACAUGUUCAAGGCAAAAGCUGUGUAGUUGGUUGUCCUAUGAAAGCAAUCACUACUCGACAACUUUAUCUUCAAAUACAAACUCGGAAUCUAUGAAGAUGAGCGACGGUGGUGAUGACGACGACGAAAGGGAGAGUGGGCAGCCAGCAGAACCGUGGUUGGCUCUGAGGCUCCCGCCAGCUAGCCCGUUUGAUAACUUCCUCAGAGCAGCCAGAUUCUAGAAUGUAGCCAUUAUUGUAUGUAUUUGUAUUGCAGAAGACACCACUUAUUCGGAUCUUUAGGUUUAGGUUUCUUGUAUGUUGUACUCUAAUCUUCUUUAGUUUCUUUGUGUGGAUUUUGAAUAUGAAA